AUGGACAUGCUCAGCAUCGACCCUGUCCCACCUACCUUCAGUACUUCUAGAAACCUCAAAGGCAGGUCCUCACAGAGGAGCAGUACAAUUGGAGGCCCUCCAGUAGGUGGUGGUUCUAAAGGUGACUGGCAUACAUCACCCUCUAAGUGUGAAGAUGGGUCCCCUGGCAUCGUGCUGGACUCUGGCGACGGCGUCACCCACAACGUGCCCAUUUAUGAGGGCUACGCGCUCCCGCAUGCCAUCAUGCGUCUGGACUUGGCCGGCCGCGACCUCACGGACUACCUGAUGAAGAUCCUCACUGAGCGCGGCUACUCCUUCGUGACUACGGCCGAGCGCGAGAUCGUGCGCGACAUCAAGGAGAAGCUGUGCUAUGUGGCGCUGGACUUCGAGAACGAGAUGGCCACCGCCGCCUCCUCCUCCUCCCUGGAGAAGAGCUACGAGCUGCCCGACGGGCAGGUCAUCACCAUCGGCAACGAGCGUUUCCGCUGCCCGGAGACGCUCUUCCAGCCCUCCUUCAUCGGCAUGGAGUCGGCGGGAAUCCAUGAGACGACGUACAACAGCAUCAUGAAGUGUGACAUCGACAUCCGCAAGGACCUGUACGCCAACAACGUCAUGUCGGGGGGCACCACCAUGUACCCCGGGAUCGCUGACCGCAUGCAGAAGGAGAUAACGGCGCUGGCCCCGAGCACCAUGAAAAUCAAGAUCAUCGCCCCCCCGGAGCGCAAGUACUCCGUGUGGAUCGGCGGCUCCAUCCUGGCGUCGCUGUCCACCUUCCAGCAGAUGUGGAUCACCAAGCAGGAGUAUGACGAGGCGGGGCCCUCCAUCGUGCACCGCAAGUGCUUCUAAGCGCGCGCGCGCGCGCCCGGCGGCGGCUGCGUCGCGCACAC